ACGAUUUCUUUGUAUGGGUCAUUAGUUAAGAUAUAUUUUUAAGUUUGUAUAAUAUAAUUAUUUACUUUUGGACCCGGGUACGUCCUUAAACUACGUCCAAAAGAGAGGUAUGGGCAUUGCGAAUGUCAUCUCGCUUUGUGUGGUAGGGCACAGCCAGUGGAUGUCAUUCCAGAUCUAGAGCAGAGCCCAACUGGGGAAAUACCUCCACCUUACAGAAAACAGCAGCCAAAUAACACUAGACCCUACUCAUAGUGUUGUGUUCCUGCCGGUGAGUAAGGUUGCCAACGAGGGGGGGCGGGUUUAGGGUCGGCAACGCGCAUGUAACUCCUCUGGAGUUGCAGGCGUACAUAGGCUACGGACACUGCUUACCAUCAGGCGGGCCGUAUGCUUGAUUGCCACCGACGUAGUAUAAAAAAAAAAAAAUUUAGAUCAUACCUACAAACUCGUAAGAAGUAUAACUCGUAAGGUUAUGAUUUAUGCAUCUAUAAAUUAUAACCAUAAAUUAUUUGUAUUUCAUUCGUUAAAUACAUAUAAAUAACUCGUUCUCCGUAAUUUUGUCAUUCAGAUAUAAAACAGCUUUUACAAGCAAUUGUAACCGAAAAACGCAGAACAGGAACUAUUCAAUUAUAUUAACAGUGGCGAGCAACAAUAAACUCCGAUCGUUCCUAAUGAUGUUUCGUUUAACGGCCACAAUAAAAAUACAAAGUAGCCGGCAAUUCAAACGAAAAUUGACUAACGCGGCACGUGGUUUAGAGGGAAGUGAGGAUGCAGAGUUGAUACACACCCCCCGCCGUCAGGCAAGCAGCCCUAUCGCGCCUCAGUCUGUUGCCUCUCGUCGCGGUGAGCGUUCGUCUGCCUGCUCCCCAUUAAACUUCGGUUGCGUCAUUCGUGAAUAACAAGUGCAACCGUACUGGAUAAGUGGCAUGGUGGUUCGAUGGUGUCGUUAAAAAUGGUGCGACGGCGGGAUUACAGGCGCCCCGCAUUCGCCAAAUUUUGUACCGCACUUUUGUGGUUACUUACCUGUUUUAAUGACUUACACGCAAUAAAAAUAGUAAAAGUCGUGGUGCCAGAAAUAAUUCAAUAUGGCGUUCAGGACGCAGUUAUACUAGAUUGUGAUUACACAUAUGGGAAUGAUACGUCGGGACUAGUUGUGAAGUGGUUCUUUAGGAAUAAAACGCGACCAGUGUACCAAUGGAUACCUACACAGAAACCCCAGGAAUUGGGUAUUUUAAGGAAUAGAGUAGACUUGACUUAUAAGGCCUCGAAUGAUCCGCUGAAGAUGCACCGAGCACUAAGAAUCGUGAAACCAAAUACGGAUAUUUCUGGAGACUACACAUGUGUGGUGUCUACUUUUAUGGCGGAAGAUCAGAGGACAAGGCAGAUGAUUGUUUUCGUUCCUGAGACGAAUUUCCGCCUAAUCCAGAACAAGACUGAUGACGACACAGUGAACGUCAUUUGCGCUGCAGAGGGAACCUAUCCUGCACCUAAUCUUACGCUAGCAACGCCUGAAAGGCUACUAGAUGGUGUAACUAGAGACCUUAAACUGGUGAACGGGAGAUAUUCGGCCGUGGCGUCAGUGACGCUACGCGAUGAGGAUCUACCGUCGCCCGCUGAGUUCAUCUGUACCCUGAGGAUACCGCAAGCAAAGUACGCGGUGCGGAAGGAAGCCAUUUAUUACCCAGGACCUAUAAGCACAACUCCCGAGAUGCCUACGGCAGCGGAUAUGCAAUUGGCUGCAGCUGUUGGUUCAAAAGGGGCAAAUAUGUACACGGCAAUCACCAUGGUAGCGCUGCCAGUUCUAGCUCAAAUGUUAGUGUUAUAAGCCAACUGAGAGAAAACAAAAGGUAAAACAUUUUCCUCAUUGUGAAUGAAAUCGUAUACCGUCUCAAAAGUCGGUUAAAUUUCAAUAUUGUCCAGAAUAGAUAUUAAUUUUGUGCAGUUAGCGGAAAUUGUUCCAAUAUGUAUGGGCUAAGCUUGUGAUGUGGACUGUCCUUAUUUUGCCAGUGGUUGUUACUAUCGUCGUGUCCCUUUAGUAACAUGAAUCAUUAGUCCAGUUUUUUUAGGCACGCCAGAUGCAAUUUUGAAGUUUUUCUGUUAGUAACUUGAAUUAGUGUUUUUAGGAAUAUUUAUUUCCAAAUGCUAUUAACUCGAAUUGUGGAUCUAUUUAAGCGUAUAUUUUGUGUGAAUAAUUCAUAAGUUAAAUAUGCUUGUUAUAUUUUAGUGACCUUUGCUGCAAUCGGUACGAGUAGAAGAAUAAUAUAAAAAUUAAUUAAUUACAUUUUAUUUUUUAAUUUCUUCAGAAGCAAGAUAUUUAACUUACGUAUUGACGUGUGUAGUUAUUUUCCGUAUGUAUUUGGUCCACAUUCACCACCCUCUGUAAAUGUGUCAUUUUAUCAAACAAAACUUGAGAGAUGGUCUAUAUUUAUAUUGAAUCCUUUAAUUAUAUAAUAAUUUCAAUAUGAGAUCGUUCCUGAUGCUUUCAUUAAUAAAUUUUGUUAAGAAAAUCAUCAUUUUUAUAAGAAAUGUUGAAUCAUAAAUAGGUUUUAAGGUUUUGUUUUAAACUUAAUGUCAAUAAGCGUUAACACAAAGUGCUUAACGUGAGAGGGACGAUCCCGGACGGGGCUCAUUAUAAUAAAAGUAGGUAUAUGUAUAUGUAGGUACUACGAGUAUUUCCGUUCAAUUAAACCGUUUGAACAAGUGCUCGUAAUAUACCUACUCAUCUAAAUAUUUUUACUAUUUUAAUUAGAUAAGUAACUAUUGUUAAUGUUUCUUCUAACAUAUGUUUAAUUGUUGCAGAUUAGGUCCAGUAAAUAAAAUAUUUUGUACUGAAGUCAUUCUAAGAUAAAAAUAUGAUCUCUAGUCAUAAUCCAAAGUGGCACUAACUACCAAAGUUUAUAAAAAUAGUUCACAGCUUUCUUGGCUGUAAGUUUAAUUUCAUAUGGAUAUACCUACUUAAUCCGUUAUUUUUUUAAACACUAAAUGUUUAGUUUCAAAAAGUCGUAAUUUAAAAUUAGUAAGGUCAAUAGAGAUAAGUUUUGCUGCGGGAUAAGUGUAGCUGACCUUCACAUUAGAGCUGUUUAUCUGUUGAUUAGUGUUUAUUGCGAGUUCAUUCAUACAUUUGACACGAACAUGUAAUAAACACUAUAGGUAAUUAAACCAGUAUUGACCUUAACUAACAAGCAAGGAAAUUGUAAACAUUUACGAUCUAAUAUUUUGGAUGUCUUAGUUUAUAAUAAUUUCAUACCAUAAUACAAACAGAACAGAUUUAAUUGUGUUUUUAUGACAUACGUUUAACUAACGUGCAUCACAUAAAUGGGAUCUCACUGUCCCUUUAUUAUCAUUAUUGUUACGGGACACGAAUUAAGCACAUUAACCCCCUUAUUAAACUUAGCAAGCUCUGGCAAACCUUUUUGUCUUUGUCUCUUUUUAACAAACAGAAAUGUCAAAAUGAUAGAUAGGGACAAAUGAUUAUCAACGGUUUGUUAGAUUGGACAGAAGACGUUUAGGAAUAACGCCAUUAACGUCUACAAACAUAUUUAGCAUUAAGUUACCUUUAAAAUUUGUUGUUUGUGGUAAUAUAUAAGAAGGUACCUAUAGUUUUAAGAAAAUCAAGCCAAAGCCAAAAAUAGGCCGGAGAAACGCGUUACUUUAAAGACAGUGACAACUAUCAUAGACAACAUUGAGCUACCUUCGAAACAUGAGCAAUUGAUUUACCAGAGUUUUUCUGGAGAACAAAACGAUUAACUUUAAUAUUUGUAAUAAAUCAUUGCGUGUUUACAGCUAAAAUUCAUUAUUAUAGAAAAGUAAAUAUUUAAUUGUACAACUGUAAAUUGUGAUUUGUUAUUAUUAAAAAAUAAUCCUAAAACAAUAAAUAAUUUACCGUUUGAAUUUAAAAAAAAUUACAGUUUCUGAACACGGGUCAAAGGCUUAGAACGCAGCGCGAUUAAUUUCUUGUGGUUUCAGAACCGCUAAAAGUGCACGCACUUGCAAGACUGAACCCGCAAGAAAUUGAUCACAAUGCGUUCCAAGCCUAAAUGCCGAAGCUCGUGUUUUUAUGUGUCUCUCAUGUGUUUUCAAAGUAGUAGUUAGCUAAUGUUAUGGCAUUAUUUGUUUUGAUAAUGGCCAUCAGUUUUUUAGAAUAAUACGAGUACAUAUUGACAUUCGUAAAUUAUAAGAUCGCUGUGUUACUAUUCAAAAAAAGUACCGUCUGCAUCGAAGUGACCUAGUUGUAUUUAUUAUCUGGAUAUGGAUUUAAAAAAAUGGAUGUUUAAAGCACAUAAUCAAUCAAGCGUUAGAAUAAUUAUUGAACAGCGUGAAAAUAACGCCAACCUUGUUAAUGUAACUGAAAUAAAAUCAACACGUUUUGUGCACAUUUUAUGCACACCUCUAAUCUUAUUCCAUAUUAAAGAAGCUGCAUCGCCUUAAAAAAAAAAUACUAAAUGUGUCAAACAUAUUUAGUUAAAAACAUUUUACUUUUAAAAAUCUAACAGUUCAUAAAAAGCGCUAAAAUAGUGAUUUCAAAAAUGCUAUUUCAAAAACUACGUGAUGUAAUUUACUCAAAAAGUGAAAAUGAAAAAAAAACUGCUUUAGUUAAGAGGUCGUAAUAAAGGAGAAUAAAUUAAGUAGUACACGAGAAAUUAUUUAUUUUUAAUAAAAUAAAAAUCACAAUAUACGUAUUUCGGUACAAAUAAUGUUUAUUUUUGCAAGUGUUUGCAUUUGAGGGCCGAUCCCUUUUGACACAGGGUAUCAUCAAGAUUGUUUUUAUUUAUUUUUUAUUACUAGGUACAUUGUUUUUGGACAUCAUUAUGAAUUAUGGACAAUAUCAAACCUAAAUUCAAGCGUUUUCGCCCUUAUUCGUAAACGAUAUUUAUUUUUGAUUCUUGAUGCAAUGUAAGACCAAUUAUAAAUCAAUUGUGAAUUUGAAGUUCAUGGAUAAGGGCUUGUAAAUAAUUAUUUGUAUGGAAUUUGUAUGUGUAAUAAAAACGUAAGUUGUUUUGAGUAAGGAAAUAAUAAUACUAAUACAUUUGCUGUGCAUAUUGCCGUUUAUGGAUAAGAUCCACUCAAGACUUUUAUUGUGAGAUUUCUUAAUUAAAAUAAAAGGAUCGUUGUGUAUAAA